GCAAGCGAGCAUGCAGACGGCAGCCAUGGAGGGCUCAGGCCAAACGGCGUUCACAGAGGGAGAAUCCUACCAGGACCACUUUGACCCCAGGGCAUAUUUAAACAGCUUUUACUCUUGCCCUCAAGGCCAUUCUGAUGAAAACUCCCUGGAGUAUGAACUGCGACAAUUGAGUAAGACAUUUGAAGCAGGGAAAUACAAGGGCCAGAGACUAAUUGAGAUAGGAAGUGGUCCAUCAAUACAUGGUCUGAUAAGUGCUUGCGAGCACUUUGAAGAGAUCAUUAUGUCCGACUUCGCUGAUUGCAACCGCCAGGAGAUUGAGGGAUGGCUGAGAUCAGACGCGGACUGUUUUGACUGGGAUCAUAUCAUCCAGUUUGUCUGUGAGGUGGAGGGAAACAGGAGGACAACUGGGGAGAAGAAAGUGAGGCUCAAGCAGACUGUGAAGCAGGUGCUGAAAUGUGAUGUUCGCUUAGAGAACCCUUUCGAGCCCCUGGCUGUGGGGCCCGCUGACUGUUUGCUGAGCUGUCUCUGCCUGGAAGCUGCCUGCCGGGAUCUGGAAACCUAUCAGCGUGUGCUGGGCAACCUGAAGAUGCUGCUGAAGCCUGGGGCAGUUCUGGUAAUGGUAGGUGUCCUCAGUGAAACCUUCUACAUGGUGGGGGGUAAGAGGUUCUCCUGCCUCCCUCUCAGAGAGAGUUUCAUCCAGGAAACACUUAAGAAUCUGGGCUUUUCCGUUGAGGAGUUCAAUGUCAUGCCCUUGAGGAGCAUUAACAUGGUGUCCGAUUUCAAUGGGAUUUUUCAUGUCAUUGCUCGUAAUUCUUUAUAAAUGUAAUACAAGCCAAAUUCUCCCAUGUGCAUUGUUAUGUCCGUUCAGGAUGAACCGAUCUGUGAUUAUUAGGUGAUGCCUGAUCGUGGUGAGCGGUGAGUUUGAUCUGGAGGGUGUUUCUGGUUGUUGAUUAAAGUAAUUUUGCUUAGCUGAA